AAUAAGCAGACUGUCAUUAAAGCCAUCAUAAGGAAGUAUUUUUCUCUAGCAUCAUAGAAGAAAAGAAACACAGAUGAUCAGAGGUUUUCUGCAUCAAAAGAGAUGAUUUUCUCCUCAUUUAUGUAAAAGAAAUUUGCAAGACAACCCGUGGGAAGAUCAAUAGCCUUUUGUGAUCUACUAAAUCACUGCAAGAAGUCGCACUUCUGUUUUUUCUAGAGUCAAUUUUGGUAUCAGAAUGGCAAAGAAAUUGAACCUUCCAGAAAAUACAGAUGACUGGACAAAAGAGGAUGUAAAUCAGUGGUUAGAAAGUCAUAAGGUUCAUCAAAAACACAGGGAAAUUUUAACUUCACAAGAUGUGGAUGGAAGGAUCUUGAAGUGGUUAAAAAAAAAAGAUCUUGUUGAUAUGGGCAUAACACAUGGACCAGCUAUUCAAAUAGAAGAACUGUUCAAAGAAUUGCGAAGACCUUCCUCUGAAGAUUCUAUUCAGACAAAUAAAAAGGGUAAAGGCAGUAAAAUUGUUCCUACAAACCAAACUGUGAUGCAGAAGGAAAGUAGAGAAAAACAAAAGGAUAAAGAGAACACAGAUAUGGCUAAUGCCCUUCCCAUAAGCAUAGUUGCUGAAAGUGAGAUUAUGGAAGAUGAAACAGAUGAGACAAAGGAAAAGCAGCUGCCAUCCCCAGAAGUGACAUGUGUAUCAUACCCCUUUGAUGAAUUCAGUAAUCCAUAUCGUUACAAAUUACAUUUUAUUCUACAGCCUGAAUCAGGACCAGGAAAUUUAAUUGACCCAGUACAUGAAUUCAAAGCCUUCACAAAUACAGAAACAGCCACAGUAGAAGAUAUUAAGAUGAAGUUUAGCAAUGAGGUUUUCCGAUUUGCUUCAGCUUGUAUGAAUUCACGUACCAAUGGUACCAUUCAUUUUGGAGUCAAAGACAAACCCCAGGGAAAAAUUGUUGGCGUGAAAUUCACCAGUGUUACCAAGGAAGCCCUCAUUGACCACUUCAAUCUGAUGAUACACCAGUAUUUUGAAGACCACCAGAUCCAAAAAGCAAAGAAGUGUAUUCGAGAGCCAAGAUUUGUGGAAGUUUUACUGCCCAAUAGCAAUCUGUCUGACAGAUUUGUUAUUGAAGUGGAUGUCAUUCCACAAUACUCUGAAUGUGAAUGUGAUUAUUUCCAGAUUAAAAUGCAAAUUUACAACAAAACAUGGGAACAAAGUUCAAAAUUCUCAGUCUUUGUGCGAGUUGGGACAAGCACUAAAAACAUUAUAAAAAAUAAAACUGAUUUUAUAGAAUUCAAAUCAGAUUUAAAAAAACUGGCAGAGGCCAGGAAAGCAGCUGAAGAAAAAUUCAAAGGAAAAACAAAUAAAAAAGACAGCGAGGGACAAAAACUGGUUAAACUGUUGACAGGAAAUCGGGAUUUGUUAGACAAUUCAUACUAUGAAUGGUACAUUCUUGUCACAAAUAAAUGCCAUCCAGAUCAAACAAAACAGUUAGAUUUUCUAAGGGAAAUUAAAUGGUUUGCUGUGUUGGAGUUUGAUCCUGAAUCUGAGAAAAAUGGAGUGGUCAAAGCUUACAAAGAAAGCCGAAUAGCAAAUCUUCACUUUCCAAGUCAGUAUGCAGAAGGGAAAACUACACCAGAUGAGAAGAUUUCUACUCUGAAUCUCUACCAGCAACCCAGCUGGAUUUUCUGCAAUGGCAGGUCAGACCUUGACAGUGAAAAAUAUAAGCCCUUAGAUCCAAGUUCCUGGCAAAGAGAAAGAGCUUCUGAUGUCAGGAAACUGAUUUCAUUUCUUACACAUGAAGACAUAAUGCCACCAGGAAAGUUUUUGGUGGUAUUUCUACUGCUCUCCUCUGUAGAUGACCCAAGAGACCCUCUCAUUGAGACUUUCUGUGCUUUCUACCAAGAGCUCAAAGGAAUGGAAAAUAUCCUGUGUAUUUGUGUGCACUCACAUAUAUGUCAGAGAUGGCAAGAUCUACUUGAAGCAAGAUUAAUUAAACAGCAAGAGGAAUUUUCAAGCCAAUGUAUUUCUACUUUAAAUCUUGAAGAGAUAAAUGGCACUAUUCUUAAACUAAAAUCUGUGACUCAAUCGUUUGAGAGACUUUUGCCAUCUUCUGGUUCCUCUAGUGUCCUUCUGAAAAAGGAAGAAGAGAUCAUGACUGCUCUGGAAAUUGUCUGUGAAAAUCAGUGUGAAGGUACACUUUUGGAGAAGGACGAAAGUAAAUUCUUUGAAUUCAAGGCAUUGAAAGAAGAAGAUUUCUAUCGAGGUGGCAAAGUAUCCUGGUGGAACUUCUACUUUUCUUCUCAGAGUUUUUCUUCACCUUUUGUCAAAAGGGAUAAAUACGAAAGACUUGAAGCAAUGAUUCAAAACUGUGCAGAUUCUUCUAAAGCGGUUUGUGCCAAAAUUAUUCAUCUAUAUCAUCAUCCAGGCUGUGGGGGAACUACCUUGGCUAUGCAUACUCUCUGGGAACUAAGGAAGAAAUUCAGAUGUGCUGUACUAAAAAAUAAGACGGUGGAUUUUUCUGAAAUUGGAGAACAGGUAACCAAUUUAAUCACCUAUGGGACAGAAAACCAUCAGACUCAGACUUACUUACCUGUACUGCUCCUUGUUGAUGAUUUUGAAGAGCAAGAUAAUGUCUAUCUUCUACAGGCCUCUAUUCAGACCGCUGUAGCUAAAAAGUACAUUCGAUAUGAGAAGCCUCUAGUGAUUAUCAUAAACUGCAUGAGAUCACAAAAUCCUGAAAAAAGUGCAAAUAUCCCAGACAGUAUUGCUGUGAUACAACAACUAUCUCUCAAAGAACAGAGAGCCUUUGAGCUUAAAUUUGAUGAAAUCAAAAAACAGCACAAGAACUUUGAAGAUUUUUAUUCCUUCAUGAUCAUGAAAAAUAAUUUCAGUAAAGAGUACAUAGAAAAUGUGGUCAGGAAUAUCCUGAAAGGCCAGAAUAUUUCCACCAAGGAAGCAAAGCUUUUUUCUUUUCUGACUCUUCUUAAUUCCUAUGUGCCUGACACCACCAUUUCACUGUCCCAGUGUGAAAAGUUCUUAGGGAUUGCAAACAAGAAGGCUUUCUGGGGAAUAGAAAAAUUUGAAGAGAAGAUGGGCACCUACUCUACAAUUCUGAUAAGAACAGAGGUGAUAGAAUGUGGGAACUACUGUGGAGUACGCAUCACCCACCCUUUGAUUGCACUUCUCUCACUGGAAGAAUUGAAAAAAAGCUAUGACUUGAAUAAAAGUCAAAUUAUGCUGGACAUGCUAACAGAAAAUUUGUUUUAUGAUACUGGUAUGGGGAAAAGCAAAUUUUUUCAAGAUAUGCAAACACUCCUACUCACAAGACAGCGCAAUGAACAUGAAGGUGGAACAGGAAAUUGGUUUUCCCCAUUUAUUGAAGCAUUACAUAAAGAUGAAGGAAAUACAGUGGUUGAAGAUGUAUUGCGUGAAGGGAGCCGUCGAUUCCACCCAAAUGCAUUCAUUUGCCAAGCCUUGGCAAGACAUUAUUACCUUAAAGAGAAGGACUUCAACAGUGCUCUGCAUUGGGCAGAACAAGCAAAAAACAUAGAACCUGACAAUUCUUACAUCUCUGAUACACUGGGUCAAGUCUACAAAAGCAAAAUAAGAUGGUGGGUAGAUGAGAAAGAAAAAAGCAGGAACAUUUCAGUUUGUAAUCUAGUUAAUCUCUUGGAUUUAGCAGAACAUGCCUCAAAGGCAUUCAAAGACUCUCAACAGCAAAGUGAAGACAGACAAUAUGAAGUGAAGGAAAGGCUAUAUCAGAAGUCAAAAAGAAGGUAUGAUACUUACAACAUAGCUGGUUAUCUAGGAGAGAUAGAAGUUGGGUUUUACACAAUCCAGAUCCUCAAGCUCAUUCCUUUUUUUGAUGAUAAAAAUGAACUAUCCAGAAGAGAUAUGGUCAAUUUUAUAUCAGGAAGUAGGGAUAUUCCGGGGGACCCAAACGAUGAAUUUAAAUUAGCCCUCAAGAACUAUAUUCCUUAUCUAACUAAUUUACAAUCUUCUUUGAAAAAGUCCUUUGAUUUUUUUGAUGAAUAUUUCGUCCUUCUAAAACCCAGGAACAACAUUAAGCAAAAUGAAGAAGCCAAAACUCGGAGAAAGGUCGCUGGAUAUUUUCAGAAGUAUGUAGAUACAUUUUGUCCCUUACAGGAAUCACAAAACAUAGAUUAUAAAUCAAAGCUUAGUGAGCCACUUCAAGCAGAGAUGUAUCGAAGAAGCCUAGUAGCUUUAAAAGCAGACAAGUUUUCUGGGCUCUUAGAAUAUCUUAUCAAAAAUCAAGAACAUGCUGUAAACACCAUGGAAGAGAUAGUGGACAAAUACACUUUUCUCUUAGAACAAUCCACUGUCAGAACCCAUCCAAAGGAAAAGCAAAAUUUCAUCUUGGCCAACAUCAUUCUCUCCUGUAUUAAACCUACCUCCAAACUAAUAAAGCCAAUUAAAAAACUGAAAGAUCAGCUUCGAGAAGUCUUGCAACAAUUAGGAAUGACUUAUCAAUUUUCAGAACCGUAUUUCCUAGCAUCUCUCUUAUUCUGGCCAGAAAAACAACAAUUAGAUCAAGAUUCUAAGCAAAUGGAAAAGUAUGUUCAAUCAUUGGCAAAUUCUUUCAAGGGGCAAUAUAAACAUAUGCAUCGUACAAAGCAACCGAUUGCAUAUUUCUUUCUUGGAAAAGGUAACAAUAUGGACAGACUUGUUCACAAAGGGAAAAUUGACCAAUGCUUUAGAAAGACACCUGAUAUUAAUUCCUGGUGGCAGAGUGGAGAUGUGUGGAAGGAGAAAAAAGUCCAAAACCUUUUGCUUCGUUUACAGGGACGAGCAGAAAAUAAUUGUUUAUAUAUAGAAUAUGGAAUCAACGAAAAAAUCACAAUACCCAUCACACCCACUUUCUUGGGUCAACUUAGAAGUGGAAGAAGCAUAGAAAAAGUGUCAUUUUACCUGGGAUUGUCCAUCGGAGGCCCUCUUGCUUAUGACAUUGAAAUCAUAUAAGAAUCGUACCUUCUUCCUCCAAGAAUGUGGUCUCAAUGCCACCUAAUUUUUUUUUGAUCCAAUACCUACAAUUUAAAUGGGCAAAUUUAUGGAUACAUCCCUUAACUUUUCUUACCUAUACAUACAUACAUCAUUUAAUUUCCUCUUAAGCAUACUGUGAGUCCUGCAAAGACUAUGGUGAAGAAGGAAAGAGUAAGAAAUGGGAAAGUAGAAAUCUUUCCCUGGGUGUGGGUAACACCACUGAUGACAACAUGAUAAGAAGCUAUGACUGGGAGAGGUGAAUGUAGUAAGACAGCCACACAGAACCUCACCACGUUCCUUGAUUACUCUAUUACUCUAUGGAUUGAGAAAGAUUGUCAACUUUCUUCUGAAAUUUGAAAUUUUUUUUUAAUAGGGAAAAGUAUUAGUUAUGGUUCUAGACAUUAGAUUGUCUUGGAAAACAUUUCUCAGAAAAAGUCAAACCUCUCAAACUAAGGACCAACACUUAUUCUUAUCAAGCAGCUCAUAAAUGUAUCAAUCGGUUGGCAAUCAGUGAUCUUCCAAAGCAGAGGAAUAACCAAGUCUCUGAAGGUCAUGCCCAUAAAGAGUCAACAGAUAUUACCAAAGUAGGCUGGAGAAUUAGACUGCCUUUUCAUGCAGUAGGAAGUAGUGGAGCAAAAGUGAAAUUUGUCUCUAUGGUUAAUGACCUUAUAACCCCCUCCCAAACAAACAAACUAAAAAUAUAUAUUCAGACUCCAGAAAAAGCAGAUGCCAACAUACUGGUAGAUAAAUAUAUACCCUAUGUGUUGAACAAAUAUAACCACUGAGAUACCUAUGAAAUUAAAAUGUAAUUUGGGGUUUCAGUGCAGUGGACCACACCUAUAACUCCAGCAUUUUGGGAGGGUGAAGCAGGAGAAUCACUUGAACCCAGGAGUUCAUGAUCAGCCUGGGAAAUACGGCAAGAUUCUGUCUCUAUUAAAAAAAAAAAAUUAAAAAAUAUCCAGAUGUGAUGGUGCAGGCCUGUAGUCCCAGCUACUCAGGAGACUAAAGUAGGGGACUGCUUGAGCCCAGGAAUUUGGGGCUGCAGUGAGCUAUGAUGGUGCUACUGCCCUCCAGCCAGAGUGAAUCCCUCAAAGAAAUACCUCAUUUACAAAAGAAAAAAAUGUAAUUUUCCCUUAAUAAUAUGGAUAUGAGCAAUCAUUAAUGGCUAUCAAAACCAUCAAAUGAAAAGAUGAUUUAUUAAAAAAAUUUCUAACAGAUGAAUCAAACUGUCCUAAAUCCUGAUCAAUAUUAACAUCACAGAAAAGACAGCCAGACAUUAUGGGCCUGGAAAUACUAUAGGAGUGCAACAUCACCAAUGAGAUAUUUUUACCAAAUAAUUAAAACCUUGAAUUUGAUUAGGCCUUUAGAUCAUAGUUCCAAUUUAAAACACACACACACACACACAUUCACUCACAAAAAAGAAAUUGAAAUACUAACACAAAUAUACAAUCGACAAUAUCCAGAGAGUGGAGACUCACAGGACAAAACCCCUGGUUUCUUUAACAAAGAAGGAAGGAAGGAAAAAGAAAAAAAGAAAAGAAAAAGAAAUCACAAAGGAACAAAAAGAUUAUAAAAGACUUAGGAGGCUUAGCAACUAAAUGCAAGAUAUAGACUUUAGAUUCUAAUUUGAACAAACCAAUUCUAAAAUAAUUAGGCAAUCAGAAAAAUUUGCCCAAAAAGUCUUGUACGGAUACAUACUAAAUAUUUAUAAAUAAAUGAUUUGAUUGUGUAUGGGUUACAUAGGUGAUAACAAGGAAGCAGAAUCAAAACAAGAUUGGACUAAGUUCACAAUUGCUGCAUUUUGGGAAUAUGAAGUACAUUAUACUUCUCUCUCCUUCUGACUGUUUUUUGGAAUUUUUGGUUAUAAAGAAUUUGAAAGACAAAAACAAAAAAUGCAAUUUUUUUUAUCUUCCAAUCCCAUUGGAAUUUUUUUACUGGAAGAAGUUUGUCCCUUGUUCUAACAAAGUUUCAACUCCUUAAUUCAUCAACUCACUAUUAUUAUUAUUAUUAUUAUUAUUACUCAUUUAGGAAACGGAUAACAUAUACCAAUCCUGACAAGAAUCACAUCGUUUUCGGUAUUAUCUUUAGUAGUAUCAUGAUCUUCUAUUUUUAUAUCAAAACAGUUUCUUAAUCUUUUGUGUUAGUUUUUCUUAUUCUCAUUAAAUAACUUGGACAUUUAAAGAAUGUACAUUUAACUAAAAUGUUUAUGUAAUUGAAAAAUUAUGUAAUUUAUGAAUAUAAGUAAGUUACUGACAUCAUAACAUAAGUAAGUGUCAUUUGAGAGUGUAAAAUAAGUUUGCUAAAACUUUGGAAAUAGAUACCAUUGUACUGUAUAAUGAUCACAGAAAUGCUGUCACUCGUAGUAUUUUUAUUAUUAUGACUUAUUUAUGAUAUUUUAAUUAUGGAUAUUGUUUUUCAACUCAGCAACGCUUAACUUUUUUCUUUUUUUUUCUAACUUUUUCUUUUUUUUUAAGAGACAGAGUCUCACUGUCACCCAAGCUAUGGUGCAAUGUGCUGUCAUAGCUCAUUGCAACCUCAUACCUCUGGGCUCAAGUGAUCCUCCAACUUUGGUCUCCCAAGUAGCUGGACAGCAGACACAUGCCAACAUUCCCAGCUUUUACUUAUUUAUUUAUUUAUUUAUUUAGUUCAAAUGGGGUCUUGCUGUGUUUUCCAAGCUGAUAUUGAACCUUUGGCCUCAAGUGAGCUUUGUGCUUUGACCUCCCAAGGUAUUUGGAUUAUUGGCAUGAACGACCACACUCAGCCAACACUUAAUAUUUUUUAAUGUUUUUGAGUUAUUAGAGUUGGCAGGUUUACUCAAAAGUAAUAAAACUGUAUUUCCAUAAAUUAGUUCAAAUUUAUUACUAAUUAGUAUUAGUUUUUUCAUUGAUUUUCUCUUUUUAUUGUACUUUUCUCUCUAUUAAUAUUAGAAGAAAUGUUUCAUUUUUCCUUUGGUUUAGAAAGAUUUGCUAAAUUCCCCCUUUUAAAUUUAAACAUAUCUGAAGACAUAUUUCUAUUGAGAUAUGGUCAACAUAUAAUGAAAAAUGCAUGGGUCUUAAGAGUUUGAUGAGUUUUUAUACCAUAUAACCACUAUCCCAGAAAAGGUAUAGAACAUUUCCAUUCCUCCAAAAAGUUGCUUUGUACUAAUUGUUUGUACCAUCACAUUAAUCCGAAAUUUUAAAAAAGAAAAAAAAGUUCCUUUGUGCCCUCUCCCUUUACUCCCACCCCCUCUUCUCACCUGGAAAUCAACUUUGAUUUCUAUCACAAUAGAUUCAAUUCACCUAAAUUUGGGCUUUAUACCAAUGUAAUUACACAGUACAUACUGAUUUUGUUCUUGCUUCUUUUGUUUAACAUCAGGUUUUAGAUAUCCAUAUGUGUUAUGGGGUAUACCAUAGUUUUUUCUCUUUUAUUGUUAAGUCAUAUUCCUUUAUACGAAUUUAAUACAAUUUGUUUAUCCAUUCUCCUGUUGAUAGACCUUUUAUGUUUUAUUUCUCUUAGGUAGAUAUCUAGGUGUAGAAUUCUUGAUUAUGGAGUAAAUGUUUGAGUAACUUUAUAAGCACCUACCAAAUAGUUUCUUGCCAGCAGUGUAUGAGAAUUGCACUUAUUUCAUGUUCUCACCAACAUUGGUGUUAUCAGUUUUUUGUAUUUUAGCCAUUCUAUCAGAUGUGUAGUAAUAAUUCAUGGUGAUUUUAAUUUGCAUUUUCCUAAUGACUAAUAAAGUUUGAACAGAGAUUCAUCUGCA